AUGUGGAAAACAGUUUUCGUUUUUCUCCUUUCCUAUAUAGGAACAGUCAAGUCAAUUGGGAGUACCAUAGAGUCUGGCCAUGUAUGUAUGACAGUAGAGCAUUUCCGUAAGGCUGACAACGCUUCACAGUUCUUUGAAUGUUCCCCAUUAGGAAAAGAAGAGAUUGAGGGAUAUCAUCUCUCCAAUAACUAUUUGGGAGUUUGGAAUCUACGAGACUGUCCGAAAAGUCAUGAGUUCGAUGAAUCUAAGCAGAGAUGUGUUGAUAGAAAGACCUUCCGACGUCAACAAGCUGCAUGUACCCAGAAUCCUAAUACAUCGGGUUGUCAAGCUGCUUGUACAGCGGUCAACUCGAAUCCUGUUGUUGGUUCACCAUGUAAUUGGUUGACAUCACAACUCCAAAGAGACUCAGCUAGCAAUGCUUAUUUCCUACAAUGUGCACCUUCAACACCAAGUGUCGGAUGUGGUGAAUGGCAACGCCUUCCAUGUUCUUCGGGAACCGUUUUCGAUUCUAACGCUGCAGUUUGUGUUCCAUUAGCUACUCAAAAUGCUUGUGGGGCUCAACAAGUUCCCGUUUGUGACUGUGCUCGAACUCAAUCUGCAAACUCUUGUCCAGGUGUCACUACUUGUAAUAAUAACGUUUGUUGUCAAAGAACAGAUGUAGCUACAGGCAAUUUCAUUCAACAUCAGGCUCCUUUGUGUCCAGGAUCUCAUAUUGCUCCAUUGGCCUCGUGUACAGAAACUUGUCCACAGUAUUCUUCAUGUGCUCCUGGAAUCGGUUGUUGUCCUCUACCCAUUGGAAAUAUAAACGAAAAACCACAGCCCACUAUUCAAAUCACUUUAUGUCCUGGUUCAUACUCACCACCUGUAGGAACAUGUGGGUCGUGUCCUACUGGAACACUUUGCAACCAAAAUAUGAAGAUGUGCUGCCCGACAGCAACUCAGCCUUCAACCGAUAUUGUAUAUAAUGUUGUUCUACUUUGUCCCAAUGGCUCGCCGGCUAAUACUCCCUGCGGUAACGGCUGCGGCCAAGGAUCAGCUUGUUAUCAAGGAGCUUGUUGUCCAAUUUCUUGCCCUGUUGGCCAGAACCCGGUUGGAUUCUGUUCUUCUGGUGCUUGCGGAACUGGUCAAUGUCACAAACAAUACGGAGCUUGUUGUCAAGAAACUAUUAAGUUACCAGUGUGCAGUAAUGGCCAACAGAGUAAUCAACGGUGCUAUGUGGAUUCGGAAUGUGGACGUAAUAUGGAAUGUACGAACGGUGGAUGUUGCCCAACACCUUUCUGUCCCACUGGUGCUCAAGCUCCUUCACGAUGCACUAAAGGAAGGACAUGUGCUUCUGGACUGUCCUGUCUUGACGGGCUUUGCUGUCCACUUCCUAGAUGUCCAAAUGGCAUAAUCUCUCUUGGUGUUUGUUCUCGAACACUUGACUGUGGACGUAUCGGAGUAGAAUGUACUGAUGGUGCUUGUUGUCCAUUACCUAUGUGCUCAAACAAUGUUGUGAGUGCCCAAAGAUGUACUACUGGAUGUAAUAACUGUUGUCCCUCCGGUCAUUCUUGUAUGAAUGGCGGAUGUUGCCCUCUGCCACAAUGUCCUUCAGGAAUUGUUGCUCUUUCUGCCUGCUCAGGAACUUGCAGAAAUGGUGCAGAGUGUGUAAAUGGAGGUUGCUGUCCUCUACCUCGUUGUCCAUCAGGGUUAAUUGCAACUCAAAGAUGUCAAAUGGGUCUUGGAUGUUCACCUGGACAUCAAUGUGAAAAUGGAGUUUGUUGUCCGAUACCCAUGUGCGGCACUGGUACCGUUGCUGCUUCAGUUUGCGGUACAGGAAACUCUUGUCCAAUCGGAUAUGUUUGUGAAGGACGAGGCUGUUGCCAAGAACCUUUGCCCUUGUGCCCGAACGGUGGUCGAUCAGCUCAACGUUGCUACCGUGGAGCGGAAUGUCCACCCGGCUAUGGAUGCACCCCAUUAGGUGGAUGUUGUCCGCUAUCUAUGGAGCCAAUAUGUCCAAUGAAAUCCACACCAGUUUGUCAAUGUUCGGCCAACAGUGUUUGCCCUUCUGGAUCUUCGUGUGCCAUGGGAACUUGUUGCAGUACUGCUUUGACUUCAUAUAACCAUGUACCUGGAGCUAACUGUCAAGCCUCUCCGCAGUGUAAUGGAUAUGAUAACGGAUGCUCACAGUGUGUUCAGGGUGUUUGCGCCUGCAGUAGUGGCUCAGCUUCCAACGGAGCUUCCUGUAUUAGAAUGCCGCCCAAUGUUUUAACUCUUGCUAGAAAUGGUUGUGAUCAAUAUGGAUCUCCUUGCAAAUUUGUUUUCUCUACCGCUAGAAGACGUCCAAUAUUUGCUCCUACUGGUAACGUCACAGAUCAGCCACUUUUCUUCAAUGUCGCUCAAGUUCGACAAUGUCUGUCAAACUCCACUGAUUUGGGUAUUGAUCCUGAUAGUACUUGCCUACCAAACGAGAAAUGUAUAAAUGGAGAAUGUAGAAUGAAACUAUGGCCAGGUGAAUAUGGAUGCUCUACUGAUUUAGAAUGUUCCUCUCGAUGCCCGAACACUUAUUGCGAAAAACGAAAGAGUGACAAAAACGUAGCUCAGUGUCAAUGUAGAGAUGGCAUGCUGCUAUACGGAAGAUGCUUUUCUCAAUGCCCUCGUGGAUUCCACGAGUCUGGAGCCUACUGCAUGCACGAUGAUGAGGAUGGUUUCUGGUCUGAUGCCGACGCACAGAAUAAUCUUAAAGCUCUGCUCAACGGCGGACAAUGUUAG